AUGGCCAAACGCACCUUCUCUAACUUGGAGACAUUCCUGAUUUUCCUCCUUGUAAUGAUGAGUGCCAUCACAGUGGCCCUUCUCAGCCUCUUGUUUAUCACCAGUGGGACCACCGAAAAUCACAAAGAUUUAGGAGGCCAUUUUUUGUCAACCACCCAAAGCCCUCCAGCCACCCAGGGCUCCACAGCCACCCAGGGCUCCACAGCCACCCAGAGCUCCACAGCCACCCGGCACUCCACAGCCACCCAGAGCUCCAUAGCCACUCAAACUUCUCCAGUGACUUCAACCCCAGAGCCUCCUCUAUUUCAGAACUUCAGUGGCUACCAUAUUGGUGUUGGACGAGCUGACUGCACAGGACAAGUAGCAGAUAUCAAUUUGAUGGGCUACGGCAAAUCCGGCCAGAAUGCACAGGGUAUCCUCACCAGGCUAUACAGUCGUGCUUUCAUCAUGGCAGAACCUGAUGGGUCCAGUCGAACAGUGUUUGUCAGCAUCGACAUAGGCAUGGUAUCCCAAAGGCUCAGGCUGGAGGUCCUGAACAGACUGCAGAGUAAAUAUGGCUCCCUGUACAGAAGAGAUAAUGUCAUCCUGAGUGGCACUCACACUCAUUCAGGUCCUGCAGGAUAUUUCCAGUAUACUGUGUUUGUAAUUGCCAGUGAAGGAUUUAGCAAUCGAACUUUUCAGCACAUGGUCACUGGUAUCUUGAAGAGCAUCGACAUAGCACACACAAAUAUGAAACCAGGCAAAAUCUUCAUCAAUAAAGGAAAUGUGGAUGGUGUGCAGAUCAACAGAAGUCCCUAUUCUUACCUUCAAAAUCCGCAGUCAGAGAGAGCAAGGUAUUCUUCAAAUACAGACAAGGAAAUGAUAGUCUUGAAAAUGGUAGAUUUGAAUGGAGAUGACUUGGGCCUUAUCAGCUGGUUUGCCAUCCAUCCGGUCAGCAUGAACAACAGUAACCAUCUUGUAAACAGUGACAAUGUGGGCUAUGCAUCUUACCUGCUUGAGCAAGAGAAGAACAAAGGAUAUCUACCUGGACAGGGGCCAUUUGUGGCAGCCUUUGCUUCAUCAAACCUAGGAGAUGUGUCCCCCAACAUUCUCGGCCCACGUUGCAUCAACACGGGAGAGUCCUGUGAUAACGCCAAUAGCACUUGUCCCAUUGGUGGGCCUAGCAUGUGCAUUGCUAAGGGACCUGGACAGGAUAUGUUUGACAGCACACAAAUUAUAGGACGGGCCAUGUAUCAGAGAGCAAAGGAACUGUAUGCCUCUGCCUCCCAGGAGGUAACGGGACCACUGGCUUCAGCACACCAGUGGGUGGAUAUGACAAAUGUGACCGUCUGGCUCAAUUCCACACAUGCAGCAAAAACAUGUAAACCAGCACUGGGCUACAGUUUUGCAGCUGGCACUAUUGAUGGAGUUGGAGGCCUCAAUUUUACACAGGGGAAAAAAGAAGGGGAUCCAUUUUGGGACACCAUUCGGGACCAGAUCCUGGGAAAGCCAUCUGAAGAAAUUAAAGAAUGUCAUAAACCAAAGCCCAUCCUUCUUCACACUGGAGAACUAUCAAAACCUCAUCCUUGGCAUCCAGACAUUGUUGAUGUUCAGAUUAUUACCCUUGGGUCCUUGGCCAUAACUGCCAUCCCCGGGGAGUUUACGACCAUGUCUGGACGAAGACUUCGAGAGGCAGUUCAGGCAGAAUUUGCAUCUCAUGGGAUGCAGAACAUGACUGUUGCUAUUUCAGGUCUAUGCAAUGUCUAUACACAUUACAUUACCACUUAUGAGGAAUACCAGGCUCAGCGAUAUGAGGCAGCAUCGACAAUUUAUGGACCACACACAUUAUCUGCUUACAUUCAGCUCUUCAGAAACCUUGCUAAGGCUAUUGCUACGGACACGGUAGCCAACCUGAGCAGAGGUCCAGAACCUCCCUUUUUCAAACAAUUAAUAGUUCCAUUAAUUCCUAAUAUUGUGGAUAGAGCACCAAAAGGCAGAACUUUUGGGGAUGUCCUGCAGCCAGCAAAACCUGAAUACAGAGUGGGAGAAGUUGCUGAAGUUAUAUUUGUAGGUGCUAACCCGAAGAAUUCAGUACAAAACCAGACCCAUCAGACCUUCCUCACUGUGGAGAAAUAUGAGGCUACUUCAACAUCGUGGCAGAUAGUGUAUAAUGAUGCCUCCUGGGAGACUCGUUUUUAUUGGCACAAGGGACUCCUGGGUCUGAGUAAUGCAACAGUGGAAUGGCAUAUUCCAGACACUGCCCAGCCUGGAAUCUACAGAGUAAGAUAUUUUGGACACAAUCGGAAGCAGGACAUUUUGAAGCCUGCUGUCAUACUUUCAUUUGAAGGCACUUCCCCGUCUUUUGAAGUUGUAACUACUUAGUGA